AAAUUGAUGGCACUCAACGUAAUCGGAACAUGUUCAUUGCCGGUUGCUUGAUAAUUGUGCUGCUCGCCUGGCUGUGGCAGCGAUGGCACUUUGGCCACUGGCGGCGCCUGGGCGUGGCCAAUAUAGAGGGAACACCAUUUGUGGGCAAUGUGUGGCGACUUCUACGAGGAUAUUGCUGCUUUGGAGAUCAGUUUCGGGAGCUGUACGAAUGUAAAGCUGCCGAGGGCCAGGCCUAUGUGGGAAUACAUGUGUUGCACAAUCAUGCGUUGCUACUGCGGGAACCUGCGCUGAUCAAACGGAUCCUAGUCGAAGACUUUGGGCAGUUCUCAAGCCGUUUUGAAACCACGGACGCCAUUGGAGAUACAAUGGGAGCCCAGAAUUUAUUCUUUUCCAAGUACGAGCUUUGGCGCGAGACGCACAAAAUAUUUGCGCCCUUCUUUGCUGCUGGCAAAGUGCGAAACAUGUUCGGAUUGCUGCAGCAGAUUGGCCAACAGUUGGAGCAGCACAUGGCCUGCAAGUUGGCAUCGUGCGGCAAGAACGUUAACUCCAUGGAGUUGGAGGUUAAGCAACUGAGUGCAUUAUUCAGCACGGAUAUUAUUGCUUCGCUGGCGUUUGGAUUGGAGGCGAAGUGCCUGCAACAGCCGGAUGCGGAGUUUCGUCGAAUGUGUAUUGAGGUCAAUGAGCCGCGUCCCAAACGAUUGUUACAUCUCUUCACCAUGUUCUUCUUUCCGAGAUGCUCACGCCAGCUGCGAACUCAUCUAUACUCUGACGAGUACGAAAAAUUCAUGAGGGAUUCAAUGAAUUGGGCCUUGGAACAGCGGGCAGCCAGUGGUGAGCAGCGCCACGAUCUGAUUGAUAUAUUCCUGCAACUGCAGCGUACACAACCUCCGGAGAGUGUGGUACAUCGUCGUGACUUCUUUGUAGCACAGGCAGCAUUUCUGCUCUUGGCCGGCUUUGAUACAUCUUCCUCAACCAUAACCUUUGCCCUGUACGAGUUGGCUAAGCAGCCGGACAUUCAGCAGCGUUUAAGGCAGGAGCUAAAGAGCGCACUGGAGGGCAGUGAAGAUGGUCAGUUGGGUUACGAUACGCUUAGUGUACUGCCCUAUCUGCGACAGGUGGUGGAUGAGGUGCUGCGUCUGUAUCCACCCACCUCCUUUCUGGAUCGCUGCUGUAAUGCAAAAGCUGGUUAUGAUCUAUCCUCGUGGAGCAACGAUACAGAUCUUUGCCUUGAGCCUGGCACACCGGUUUAUAUCUCUGUGCUGGGACUGCAUCGUGAUGAGCAGUACUGGCCGGAACCGCAUAAAUUCGAUCCGGAACGUUUCUCGCCGGAGCAACGUCUGCAGCAUCGACCCAUGACAUAUUUACCCUUUGGCGCAGGUCCACGCGGCUGCGUAGGUACUCUGCUAGGUCUAAUGGAGAUCAAGGUGGGUCUAGUGUACAUACUCAAGAACUAUCGUGUGGAAACUUGCGAUAGAACCCUGCCCGAGAUGAAAUUCGACCCCAAGACCUUUGUGUUGACAGCUGCUGGAGGGACGUAUCUAAGCUUUGUAAAAGACCAAUUAUGAAUACAAAUUUGAGCACAAUUUA